GACUUGGUGCAGUGAGUAGAAGCUCAGAGCGGUCCACUGCCUCUCGCCUCUCUGCUCAGGCUCAAGCUGACAGUGGGCUUUACAUUCGCCCGGGGGGAAGACAGUCCGAACGUUGAUUUAAUUUUACAGUAUAGUUGCUGCUCAGACGCUUAAGCAAAAGAGAAGAGCAAGAGAGGAUAAGACGGAAUGGCCUUUUCUGACAUCACGGAGGAUAACAUAAAAGAACUGGUGCGUGAGGAGGCAGAGGACGUCUUUGAUGAUGACGGAGUGUCCUCCCGCUCUCCAGACAUCAUGGCUGCUGGCACUCACUCUCCUGGAGGGCCCAAUGGCAUCAUCAGGAGCCAGUCAUUCGCCGGCUUCAGCACCCUGCAGGAGAGACGCUCACGGUGUAAUUCCUUCAUGGGGAACUCAGCAGUGCAGAAGAAGCCCAUCUCAAAGCCCAGGAAGCCCCAUCUGUCCGGGCACAAAUCCAGCAGCAGCAGCAGCAGCUCACGAGAGCCUCAGCCCAAAAGAGUGGAAGAAGUUUACGGAGCCCUUAAACAAGGCCUGGAUGAAUAUCUAGAGGUGCACCAAACAGAGCUGGAUAAACUCACUUCCCUUAUGAAAGACAUGAAGAGGAAUUCCAGACUGGGUGUGCUGUAUGAUCUGGACAAGCAAAUCAAGACCAUAGAGCGAUACAUGCGACGACUGGAGUUCCACAUGAGUAAGAUCGAUGAGCUGUACGAGGGCUUUUGUAUUCAGAGAAGGUUGCGUGAUGGCGCCAGUAAGAUGAAACAGGCCUUCACUGCUUCACCCUCAACUAAAGGCACACGCGAGAGCCUGGCGGAGGUCAGCCGCAGAUACAAAGAAUAUACAGAGAACAUGUGCACUUUUGAGGGCGAGCUGGAGAACCUAUUGGGGGAGUUUCAUAUCAAAAUGAAAGGAUUGGCUGGUUUUGCCAGGCUUUGUCCGGGCGAUCAGUAUGAGAUUUUCAUGAGAUACGGCCGACAGCGGUGGAAACUGAAGGGGAAGAUCGAAACAAACUCCAAGCAGAGUUGGGAUGGAGAGGAGAUGAUCUUCAUGCCCCUCAUUACAGACCUCAUCAACAUCAAGGUGACAGAGUUAAAGGGGUUGGCCACACACAUAUUAGUGGGUAGCGUGAUCUGUGAAACCAAGGACCUGUUCACCGCUAUGCCUCAGGUGGUAGCUGUAGAUGUCAACGACCUGGGAACCAUUAAACUUAACCUGGAGGUUGCCUGGUUUCCGUUUGACGUGGAGGAUCUGACCCUGUCCUCAGGAAACGUGAGUAAAGCCACCGCCCUUCAGAGACGAGUUUCAGUGUACAGCCAAGGCACACCCGAGACGCCCACUUUCCAGGACACGUCUUUCUUUUCCACUUUACCAGAUGACGUCUUUGAAAACGGAGGAUGCGGUGUGGCCGAAUGCAAGCGUCUGUCCUUCACCUUCUCUGACAUGUCAACCUCAAGCCCCGCCCCCAUCCAGUCAAACCCCGAGAUCACCGUCACGCCCCCUGAGACGGACCCUACCUCUCAACCGGCUCCCAUCCCUGAGGACAGGCCAGUUGAGGAGGAGUGCGUUGAGGAAGACUGCGGCAGUGUCAGCGCCAGCGAUCCAGACCUGGAGUGGGACCAGGUUGAGGGCCAGGGGCCUGGCACAGGCUCCGCUGCCCUCUCGUUGUGCUCCGAGAGUCAGCUGUCCGCAGUGGGACCGGAGGAUGUGAUGUUCCUGGAGCCCAACAUGCCUGAUGAAGCCCUGGAGCUGAAGCCAGUGGAGCUGGACGGGGAGGAAGGCAGUCUGACCAGGCAGCUGGUGAGGAGACUCACCUCUUCUGACAUGCUUCCAGAGACCGGCGCUCUGAGCUGGGCUGGAGAGGGCAGCAUUACUUUCCUGGAGAGCAACCUGGAGGAGGCCAUUCAGUCUCUGCUCCUGCUGCUGGAGAGCUUAGGCCAGCGCUGUGUGGAGCUGCAGGACUUGGAGCAGGAGGUCAUGAGACUUGAAGACCUGCUCAAGUGCCGUGUACCCGUCCAUAGGAGCCGCUCAUCAAGCCUCAGUUUGACUGUGGAGAGCGCUCUGGAAAGCUUCGACUUUCUUAACACUUCUGACUUCGAUGACGAUGACACAGGAGAUGACGCGGGCACCCUCUCGCGCUCUGUCUUUAUUGACAUGGAGUCAGAACGAAUCGGGUCAGUCCAACAUCCAGAAGCAAGAGGACACCUGAGUGAAGCCCUCACAGAGGACACUGGUGUAGGGAACAGUGUGGCCGGCAGCCCGUUGCCUCUCACCACGGGAAACGAGAACCUAGACGUUGCCAUCGUUAUUCAUCUACAAUACUGUAAUCAUCUCAUUCAGUUGUUGACCUCAGGAGGAAGGCAGUCGCAGCACAAGACAUACCUGCACAAACUAGCAACUGAAACUCUCCUGUUGGAGGAGCUCAGUGAGAAAAACUUUGACAGACCGGGCAGCUGCACUUCAGUGUCGGAUGUGCUGCCUGGGCUGGUGGAGCGGCCGGCGCUGAUGUCUCUGUGGUCUGACUGCAGUGGUGGUCUGUUCCAUACUACACUGGACCAAGUGUUGAAGCACAUGCAUCUCAGCUUUGCCUUGCCACUGCAACAGAUUCUGCCUCACUCUCCAGACUCAGUGAUCAGGAUGGUGGUGAAUGAAAUGGUGGACAGGAGCGAGCUGGCCUCUUCCUCAUGUCCGUCACCGUCCUCUAUGGCACAGGAUGUCCUCACCGUGUUUCAGUUCCACCGCUACUCUGUUGAACACGAUGUCACGGACAUGGAGCGACACCUGCUGGAUUUAGCCAAAGAAGUCAUGCUUGAAGAAGCCCUGAGCUGUGGGGACACAGAACGUUCUCUGAAGGAACUACAGGAAGCGUCCGUCAUGUGUCUCCAGCCCCGGUCUCAAACCCUGUGGGCCGUGGCUGGGCUGCUGACCUCUGAUGACCCUGACGUGAUGAAGGCCGCUACUGCCUUCCUCUCCUCUGCUGCCUCACACAAGCCCUUCAGGUCAAAGGCCGUUGAUUGUUACACACAAGCCUUAUCAGAAGUUGGCUUACACACACCCAGAGCAGCAUGUGCCGCUCUGAGCUGCCUGCAGGCUGUGGAGAGCAUUGACGCCGUGGUGUUACUGUGUGACUCAGCGGAUGAAGAGCUCCACCAGAUUGCCAUAGAAACCCUCCUCACUUUUGGUGAAGAUGGGCGUCUGGCAUACGAGCAGUUGGACACAGUACCGAGGGAGAUUGUGCGGCUGGGAACUCGCCGUGGUAAUGCGGUUACCACUUCAUUUUAGAAAAAUCAGCUUAUCAUCCUCGUGACCCUGCAAACACCUGGCGGGAAAUACACACAACCUGCUCACAAGUGGAACAGCGAGGCUUCGGCUUCGAUGCAGGCCCAUAUCCUGAGACCUUCAUCACGAGGUCUCCUUUUCUACAGGAUGUUUUCAUUUAUACUACUCGUGUCGCAGUGGUCAUGAAUCAUUGUUGCUGAUUGAACAAUAAGAGUAUUUAUUAUUGGCAGUUAGUUAUUUGCAGUGGUACUGUCAGAGGCGUGUAAAUAGCACAGCAAAUUUUAUUUUAAUUUUGUCCUGGGAUUUUUUUUCUCUGUACGUGCCGUUCCGUUUCAGGGAUUACAAGGGACCGUUUUAAUGAUCGAGGUUUUUUUUUUUUUUGACCUGGACAAAGUGAAAUUACUAUAACCGCUGGGAAAGGAAGAAUUUUAGUUGUUGUUCCAACCCAGCCGGGCAUAUGAACUACUCAAAAAAAAACGGCUUGUACGAUGGUCUGCUGAUUUACAUAUCGCUCGCUUGCCUUCACUGAUCAGGAGUGAAUAUUUCUAUGGACGACGGAGCCUGUAGUGGACAAUUGCAUUAACAUGGUACUAAUACCUGGAUCUUGCAACAAGAGCUGUUUGGAGCCCAUCAGAGUAUCUGAAAAUGCACUUUUAUUCAGUCAGAGAAGCGUGAUGCAUUACUGUGAAUUUUGGUUUGUGCAUAAAUGAAAACUGGAAGCUUA